GUGUUUAAAAUUUUACGGUACUUAAGUUUGCAAAGUUUAAUUCGAUAACCGUUUUCGAGUGCACGUUGCAGGUACUUGACUGAUAGUUCUUUAGCAUUAUACUUAUUACAAAAUUAAUUAUUUACUCGUAGUCGUAUAGUUAAAUUUAUUGCCUGUCACAAAACUGUAACGACAAAAUGACAUCCUUACUCGGCAUAUCGGCGGCAUUAGUCGUGGCCAGUCUGUUCUUGGAGACGACUGAAGCAUUAAAACCUACUCCCCUUUCCUGCGAAGGAUGCCAUGGUGUUAUUUCUGAACUGCAUGAAAAAUUAAGCAAGCCGGCUUCCGGUGCAUAUUCGGCGCGAGUUCCGAGACUUCUAGAGAAAAUAUGUACUUUGGAGAACCUCGUAAAAUAUGUGUACAGCCCGCCUAAAAUGGUGCGUGCCUGCAACGAAUUACUGGAUGCUCAUAAAAAAGAAAUUCAGAAGUCCUUAAUUCAGCAUUUCGAGGCCAACUCGAAAGUUACGCUGCAUGAACUGGAAGCCGCCGUUUGUUUUCAAAUAUCAGGUGUUUGCAAGGGUAUUAAGGAUUCACCGGCAGAAAAUCUCCGUGAUAAGAUUCAAGCGGAUCACGUCUUGAAACCAGAAGGAGAUGGUAAAAUUGUGUUUGAGCAACAGGGUGAUCAGAUUGUACCAAAAGCCGAAAAGGGAAACAAGCCCAGCAAAGAAAGCAAAGAAAAAAAGAAACCCGAGAAAGUGGAACUAUAAAAAAAUCACAGAACCGUCAAUCACCGAACGAUUAAUAACGAGUAUAAAAACAUCAUACAUAAAACUGCAAUUAGUUCGGCGCUACAGAAGUACCGAACGCGCUUGAGUUUUAAUGUAUCGCUUUUCCCAGUCGUGUUUUAUGCUCGUCCAGUGCCUAAAAAAACCAAACUGGUCAGAAAACAAUUUCAGAAAACACUUCUGCUAA